ACUUCCUUUCAGUGGCUUGUAGAAAAUAGACCUCUGUUGAUUUCAAAACUCUUAAUUAAAAAUCCACCUUAAAGCCUUUUUGAAUGCAACCAGAUUUCAUCUCAAUGUAUUUCAGGUGUGGAAAUAUCACAAAGAUCAUCCAGCAUCUUAUCUAUCUACUAGUAUGGUGUCAGGCUAUAGAAACGUUAACAGAACUAACAAAUUUGGGACAAAAUGUGUCCAUAAACUGUGAUCUUGAUGAAAAAGAGAUUUAUUGGAUGCUACUGAAACUACCAAAUCGUCCAGUUAUGAUAUUGAGGUUAUUUUCAACUUCACCAACUCCUUUUUACUCUGAUGUAAGAUUCAGACCCAAAUAUUCAGUGCAACCUAGCAAUCGUCUAUUCAUAAAAAAUGUCACUGCUGAUGAGUUAGGCAUUUAUUACUGCAUGACUACAGAAGUACCUCCAAAAUUCAGCGACGGCAUCAGACUUCACAUCACUGAACCAGUUAAAUCACCCGAGUGCCAGAAUCAUACAGUGGUGAAUUAUACUGACCAAAUUCAGCAACUGUGGAUGAUUAUUAUCAUCUUAUCUGGGCUGAUGCAUGGUAUUCUUGUCUUUGUAGCCAUUGGUGUAUGUUGCUACUCUAGAGAAAAAUUAAAACCUAGAGAAACAGAUAUAGAGCAGACUCAGUUUAUACGUCUGGAACAAGAGCCAAAGACAGUGUAUACUGAGGUGGUCUUUUCCUUGAUGCGUGAAGAGUUUGAACAAAAGCAGUGCUUUUCUCCUGCAGCCCAAAUCAUAAACAGGAAAGCAUGUUCUUGACCUUAUAUCAGCAGGUUGCUUUUACUUUUGUUUUAAAUGUGAAGUUCCAAAACAUAUAUUUACUUGCUCAAUUAAUAAAAAAUAACAGAA